CACAGCCCUAUCCCACUUCCACCGCUCGUCCAGCCUCCAGGCUCCAGCCACGGCCGCACAGGCAACACCGCACUCCCUUCGCCAUGGCCGUGGCCGUGGCCGCCGCAUGGCUCCCUCCUGCCGCCGCCCGCCGGAGCAGCUUAUCCUCUCCGCGCUCUCCAUUCGCGGCGCCUAUCUCCAUCCACGUGCCACGGCGGGCGCCGCCUCCUUGUCCCAGUCCCCUCCCCCAAAGGUCGCGCCUCGUCGUCGCCUCCGCGCAGUUUGACUUUGCCAGAGCUGUUCAAACGGCAUGGAGGGUUGGUACUGAUGUUGUUGAGGCAGGAAGUAAUUUUGUACCAGGUUCAGUUCCACGGCCAAUUGCUAGAAUAGCUGUUACCUUUGCUGCUGUGUCGGUCGCCAUUUUCCUUCUCAAAUCCGUUGUCUCCACUGCAUUCUUUGUGCUGGCGAUGAUGGGGCUUAUAUAUCUUGGCUUCCUGGCUAUGAAUCCGAAGGAGGCCUCCGGCUCUAGGGUGGAUGAAACAGGGGGCAACCCAUCAGAAGACCCUGUCGAAGAGGCCCGGCGCAUAAUGGAGAAAUACAAGUAAUGAACCUGAGCAAGGGUGUAUUUGCAGAGGUAUGGUUUGUCAGUAGAGUUUCCUGCUCACGUGAGGGAUGGAUGGGUGGAUCUUUUUUUAGCACACUACACUCAGUUAUUUGAUACAUGUAAAUAUAUAGUUGUACUGUUGGAAUUCGUUGAGGCUGGCUCAUCAACUAUGAAUUUAUGAACUGCAGCAAAUCUACGAACACUGACAACGAA